UGCAAGCCCUAUUUUGCCAGUUCCCUUCAUUGUCGCACACCAUUUUUCUUUUGGAUUCGCAAAUCGAAUAAUCCCACCUCUUUUUUUGGACUCAUUGACUCAUUGACUUUUUUCUUUCGCUCUUAGUUUCUUUUUUCUUUCUUUCUUCUUUUUGCACUAUAGCAUAAUAGCAUUUUCAAUACAAUCGUCUUUUUUAUACACGUUGCCUUUGUAAUACUCAUAUCAGUUCGCCUUACAUUAACCAUGUCUCGACAGCAAAUAACACCCGGGUCAUUCACAGUUAUAGAUCACGACGAUGGCACCAGCAGUGAGGUCGAGGCACAUAUUGAGUUUAUGAGACUGGCAAUAAUGCAGGCCGAAAUAGCAGCCCCGAACACAAACGCCUUUAGCACGGGCGUUUUCUUGGUCAAGGGGAAGUACCCUAUAUCCGAGGGCCGGUCCAAUGAGAGCAAAUUAAAUCUUCACGCCGCCGCACACGCCAUUGCAAAGGCCCAGCAGGGAAACAACAGACAUAUGAUCCCCGGCUCCACGCUGUACACGACGAUGGAGCCGUGCUCCUCGGAGAGAGUGUCCAAGGUGCCGUGCACAAAGUACAUUAUUGACGCUGGAAUUAAAACCGUGGUCAUUGGUGUCAAGGAGCCCGACUCCUUUUUCGAUUGCAAUGGAGUGAAGACCAUGUGUGCUGCGGGAAUUAAUGUCAUACACUUGCGGAUCCUGCAGGAGGAGUGCCUAAAACCCAAUAUCCAUUUGCUUAUGGACAAUUAAAUCGUUUUUUUGGUUUAUACUUUUUUUUUACAAUUGACUUUUUUCUUUGGGAUUUACACCAGGAUUUUUUAUUGCAAACGCACAGACUAAAGUUG